AUGGCGUGCCCAUGGUUAAGGCAGUGCUGGCGGCUUUCUGUAAACUGUACAGGCACGAGUGUAUUUGAAACCUUGUGGCAUUCUAAUGGCAGGUCCGUGUCGUUCUCCGCGUCCUCUUUAGGACGGACAUCCUGGAGCUCCGGGGCGGGGAACGAGGGGCAUCCGUCGGCACUAUCAACACAGAUAAACCCCCAAACUUUAAACUUUACCACAUGUCUCACCAGACACAAGUCACGGUUGCUGAACCCCAAACUACAAUCAUGCUGCUGCAGAAAGAGCGUACACAGUGAUGCAAAGCCGAAGGACCCCUUCACAUUAGCCCAGAAAGAUUUAACAAAUUUAUAUGAUGACAUCAGAAAGGAAAUGUUUGUACCCAAAGAAGAGCUGAAGUCUCUGCUUGACUACUACUUUGAUGGCAAAGGCAAAGCCAUCCGACCAAUGAUAGUUGUCCUAAUGGCCCGGGCGCUCAACAUCCACAGCAACAGAUCUGGAGAUCUGAUCCCAGGUCAGAGGGCCAUUGCUAUGAUCACCGAAAUGAUUCACACUGCCAGCCUGGUGCAUGACGACGUUAUAGACGGAUCCGAUAAACGAAGGGGAAAAAGAACAAUCAAUGAAGUGUGGGGUGAAAAAAAGGCAAUCUUAGCUGGAGAUUUCAUCAUCUCAGCUGCCUCUAUAGCCAUGGCUCGAGUCGGUAACAACACAGUGGUGAAAGUGUUCUCCCAGGUGAUAGAGGACCUGGUGCGAGGUGAAUUCAUGCAGCUGGGCUCCAAAGAGAACGAGAAUGAGCGAUUUAAACACUACCUCGAGAAAACCUUCAAGAAGACGGCGAGUCUUAUUGCAAACAGCUGUAAAGCAGUAUGCGUUCUAGUAAAUUCUGAUCCUGAAGUUCAUGAAAUAGCCUACCAGUAUGGGAAGAAUGUUGGCAUUGCAUUUCAGCUGGUGGAUGAUGUCUUAGACUUCACAUCAGGAGCUGGUCACCUGGGGAAGCCCUCGGCUGCAGAUCUCAAACUGGGCUUGGCCACUGGACCGGUCCUGUUUGCUUGUCAACAGUUUCCUGAGCUCCAUGCAAUGAUCAUGAGACGUUUCAGCUCUAAAGGAGACGUAGAUCGAGCCUGGCAGUACGUCCUUCAGAGCGACGGUGUGCAACAGACCAAAUACCUGGCCGAGCGCUACGGUCAAGAAGCCAUCAGGCAGAUCAGUAUGCUCCAGCCGUCGGCAGAGAGAGACGCCCUCAUCAGGCUUACUGAGAUGGUGCUUACCAGAGACAAGUGAACCUCCACUGCCGGGCUUCACUUCAGGCAGCUACGUGUGGAAAAUCAACUCACCUACAUCCAGUAUCAGCAGUGAUGGUUUGGAAAAGAACAUUAAAAACCUAAAUGAAUGGAUGUUGCUGUAAACUGCAAAUCCAGCUCCUCACUGCAUUCAGUACUGUAACUGCAACAGCCUCUCAUUCUUAAAACUGGCCAACUGACUGACAGUACAUGCUAGUGUUGAGCUGUGGCGGCUUUGCAAAAUCUGUGUAAUUCCAAAUGAAAUGGAAGUGAUACACUGUCAUUGGUGUGUUUGUUUGGAUCUGUGUGAUUUGCUUUCAAGAUCCGUCCACACCUCAGAGGCCAAACAGUCACGUGUCUUUUGGACUUAUAAAAUGUUAAAAGGUUACUUAAUGCAACAACAAAGGCCUUAACAACUACAAUGACUGUGUACUCAAUAAACCUACAGUUAUGCUUUUUUUUAUUUAAA